ACGGCGAGUUUGAGGACGUGCGCCCGGACCACAUGGCCAUGGCAGCACUUUAUGCUCUGUUGUUCUUUAACAGCCUGGUUUUCUCGUGGGCUUGCGAGACAGGAGCCUGGUCUGGCUUCGAUCAAGAAGCCUAUGCGGGAUCUCUCUGGGGUGGUUCCAUCGGCGGAAUCGUGGUGGGGCUCCUUAUGAUCAUCCUGGUCUCAUUGCCGCUGUGCUGUGGUGUCAUGAAGAAGCAGGGCAAGGUGAUUGGGGCUAUUGGCAUCGUGCUGGGGCUACUCUCCUUGAUCAUUCCCUACUUCGGAGCGAUGGGUUCGUGUGCUCCCUUCAUGGAUGCUGCUUGCGCAAAUCGCUGCACAGGCUUUGAGUGCACUCAAUAUGAUAAAGACGUUGCGCUCAGUGCCUGCCAAGCCCUGGGAGUGAUCUUCGUCUACCUGGGCGUUUUUGGUUGGUUGGCGUGCGUCCUGGGCAUUGUGGCCGCCAGCAUGGCCUGCUGCGUCUGCUGCCAGUGCUGCAACGCCAAGUUGGACACCGAGGUCAUCGCAGUGCAGCAAACCCCAGUGGUGCCCAUUGUGGUGGGACAACCGCCCUGAGCUGCCCAAGGCAUCAGGGCGAUGAAUUUGCGCUGUCGUGCUUUGAGUUUGCCGCAGUUGCCUGCCCGGUUGGUUGAUGGUUGUGGGCGAGAAGAUCCACAUGGAAUUGCAGCGAGCUUCAGGUCUCGAUUUGCCGUGAAAGCGACUCCAGCUGCCACUUGGAUGUCAGUGCCAGAUUGACAUUUAAAUUUCCUCUUAGGAAAUGUG